UUGCCAGAGAAUGUGGGCCGUCAUGUAAGGCGGUUGAUUGACUCACAAUACAGGAAUGAAUACACUUCUCCUAGUUAAUAAGUUGCUCUAAAAUCUGGAUUAUAUAUGCUUGUGUUUUUUAAUAGUAAGGUGAGCUGUUGUGAGAACUCGUACUAAGCACAAUGGAGGGUGGAGCUGGGGCAAAACUCAUCAAGCUGCUGCUUUUUGUAUUUAAUUUGUUCUUUUUGUUAUGUGGCAUGGCCCUGCUUGCCAUUGGCAUUUGGACUGCCAUAGACAGAGUGUACCUGUCCAGAAUUAUUGGUACAGUGCUGUAUGAGACUGCAGGCUACAUGUUGAUUGCCAUUGGGAUUGUAGUGGUGGUCAUCAGUAUACUGGGUUGCUGUGGAUCAAUAUUUGAAAACAAAUGCCUUAUGAUAUCGUACUUUGUGUUCCUGGUUGUGAUUUUUGUGAUCUUGUUGGUUGGAUCCAUCUUAGCUGUAGCCUUCAGAGCAGAUUUGGAAAACCUGAUGAAAAAGACCAUGAAUGACUCCCUGAUCAAUCAGUAUGACCACUUCAUGCACCCAGACAUCACUGAUGCAUGGAACAUGGCCCAGAGGAUGUUGAAUUGCUGUGCGGUUGUUGAUAGUGGAUGGGAAGAUUACAGGGCAUCAUUUUGGUUUAAACAACAAAAUGUCAUGGAAACGGAGAAAAUAUAUGUCCCGAAGUCAUGCUGUGCUCGGAACUAUGAUGGGACUUACGCAAAUCUUGACUACUGUCAAAAGCCAUCUGGUUCUAUGCCACCUAAAACUAAACUAGGAUCUACAAACUUAUUCUUGUAUUACGAUGGCUGCUUUACUAAAGGUUUUGAAAUGGUAUCAGCUCAUGGAUGGGUCAUCUUUUCUGUUGCAUUUGUUAUAGCUUUAGUAAUGAUCUUAGGCAUGAUAGGAUCCAUAUCUUUUGUGAGAAUGUUAGAAUGGGACUAGAUACAUCAAGUAUCCAUCAUGUUGAACCUCAGACAGUGCUAACCUAUGUACAUACAAUAUACAGCUGUAUAUAAACCCACCUCCUGGAAAACGGCAGAGAAUAAGUGUAGUAUACCAAAGUGUUGUGGUUAAGUCAGCUACGAUUUGUAAUUCAACUGACCCAGUUAUCCUGUAUAAAGGAAGAAAAAUUAAGUUGUUUCGCUGUUUACCCAAGGACAACUUGCCCUAGCUCCAAAGGUUUAGUGUGCAUAUACUACUUAUGAAUGUUUGUUUUGUAGGAUCAGAGUUUAAAAUGUAAGGAUAGGAAGUGGAAGCAGUUGCUGAAAGCAAGGUCCUUGAAUUUAAUAUUAUCAUAAUUAUUCUUGUCUGACUUAAUAAAGGAGCUGACAAAUGAAAUUGGAGGAUGUAAAUAGAAAGAAUCUUGCAAUGUGAAUAUUUUUAUACAGACCAUGUAUUUUAGCAAAUUUAUAACUUUUUAGAUACAGAAAAUGUAUUUAAAUAUUGAUAAAAUGUUAAUGAGUUCUUAGAAAACUUUUAUUGAUUCCAUGAUGCUUACUGAAAAAGUUUUAAUCAAAUUUGAUUAUGUCUUAGACUAUUAAAUCUCUCGUAACUCUUUGGGGACCAAGACCAUGUGAUACUAUGUAUCUCUAAAAUUGUUUUUAUUUCCACUCGCAACAGUAAAAUGCACCUUUUCAAAACACUUGUAGAAUUUGUUUUGCAAAGUUCUAUGAAUAUGCAUUCCAGAAAAAAAUUCAUUUGGGGAACUUGGUUCUUAUAUUGAAAGAAAUAUUGUAAAUAUUUCUGAUAUAUAUAUAUUAGUGUGUAUCAUCUACAUCUUUAACAACAAUGCUAGUGUUUGAAUUAGGUUGUAGCUUUUCUUACAUUUUGUGAAUUUAUGUAGAAUUCUGUAUGUAAGAUUUUAUUUGUAUAGCUACCUUUGCAUUUAGCCUAGUUAAAAUGCUUUUUAGUAUGGAUGUAAUUGUUUAUAACUAUUUUAAUGCCUUCUGUUGAGUACAUUAUUAACUAUACUGGUUUUGAUAUACCGAGUAUAACCCCCAUUAUCUCUAAAGAGGCAUUUUAAAAGAAAUGAAAGCCAUUAUGAACUGAAUAAAUGAACACUCAUACUUAA